CUCGGUACACGUACUGACAACAAAACGGCGCUGUAUAUUUCUAACUGGAUGGUUAAAAACUUCGGUAAAAACACUUGGAUUCCUGCUCGCCACCACUUAUUUCUUCUUGAGGACCUAAGAUACUGCUUGUUUAAACUUAAUAAUUUCAUUUAUUUUGUGAUUUUUGUGUUGAUUAUAUAACGUAAACUUAUUCCAGCGCGAAGACGUCUCCGUUUUCUUCCAACCCUGCAACCCAGGAACCAAAAAAAUUAGAGACGUCUGUACAAACAGGCUUCGCAUUUAGAUGUUCUGUUCUUUUUUCGCACAGAUUAAAUUUGACGUAAGCGACCGGGAAACUGGUGAUCCCACUUUCCGACGGCCAACAUGACCACGAAGACGAGGAUUACUCUCACGAGGUUGUCCAAAGGAUUUUGGCGGCGAAGGAUGAGGGGCUUGUGAGCGAUAAAGCCUACCAUGAACUGAGGAUGGCGCUCCCCGAAAGUGUCCGAAGUCACGUCCCGCCACUGUCAACAAUAUUGCAGGGAAGGAGGACACAAAAUAAGGAAAUCGAAGUAAUUCCAAUUCCAGAGGCCAAGCAAGGUGAUGGUGCCCGUAGAAGUGUUUGCGAUGUUCUGGAAUAUUUAAUCACUAUACCCGAAGUCAAAGAGGCCAUCAAGAAAGAUGGUUCUAAAAUUAAGCUCCGAUUUGCGGCGGAUGGGAGGCGAACCAGCAAAAGAAUCGGCACCGUGAUGGCAGUUUUUAACAUCUUGUGUGAGAACAAAGCAACGUAUGAAUACCAGUAUACCCUGGCAUUGUACAAUGGUAAAGAGGACUAUGAUGAAUUAAAAGCUUGUCUUGGACAAACGUUUGAAGAAAUUGAUCAACUCAAGACAACAGGAAUCACAAUUGAUGGGGAACAUUUUGAUAUUGAGUGGUUUUGUUGCUCAGACUGGAAAUUUUUAGCCCUUGUGUAUGGUCUCAAUGGUGCCAGCUCCAAAUUCUUCUGCAUCUGGUGCUAUUGUUGCAAGGAACAAAUUAACAACCUUGAUAUUGAUGAAUGGCCUAUUGAGCGAGAUCUAUCAGAAUGCACCAGGUUGUGCCAACGCUCAACAACGGCUAGCAGAAAAGGCUGUGUAAUGCCCCCACUACUUAAAAGUUUAGCCAUUUUACACCGCAAUUACUUAUCCUCUGGCUCGACCAUGGUGGUAUCAGUAGGAACUCCCGCUUAGGAAGUUUUUAUUUUUCGGCGUUAAAUUUCCAUAACUUCUUAAACCGAUGACAUUUAUUAUACUAAAACAUUUUCAUCCCUCAAAGUUAUACUUAUUUGAGGUGUAUUUUGUAGUCAGUCACUAAACGGACCCUUCAAAGUCUUGACUGAAUACUUUUUUAAUUGUGUAUAAUCCGCUAAGUAGGAAAUGUCAGCUCGAGAAUAAAUUUAGACAUUUCACUAAACCACCGGCGGGUUUACAAGCUCUUACUGUGAACUAUGAUGUGUUGAUCGACUAAGAAAUACUUUCGUGUUUACAAACUCAGAUAAGUCGCAGGCAGAAGUACUUAAUACGGGUGCAUUUACUUCUCACUUACCAUGCCUCGUGCCCUGCUUUCUCCAUGAUCGAUGAACGGACCACGCUUUUGACACUGACACCACACAAGAAGUUACUGAUAUCGGUGUCAAAUUACCACGUUCCGGUGUUACAUAAUUUUAGGGCAAAAAUGAAAAGGGACAAUUUCCAGGACACGCUAGCAGGUUUAAGGCUCAUUAGCAAUCUCAACAAGACGCGAGGCUAGUUCAGACGAGCGAAUGGAUAAAAAGUUCCUUGAAUAAAGGUUAUUUUAGGUUAUUUCAGUGAUACACAGGGAUGCACAGAAUCAGCGCGAUCUGAGAGUGAGGCGUAGGCGAACUUUCGAUUCAAAUUGAAGUGGCUUGAAUACAGAUCUUUUUUAGGCAAACAAUGAAUGCAAAAAAGGGCUAGAUAAGGGAAAUAAAAGAG